UGAGAACUGCUUUUUUCUCUUCUUCUUACUGCACACUUUUCCACCGCCAAUUCCACCUCUCUCAAUCAUCAACAUUCAAACCCCUACGCCACAAUUCUCUCUCUCUCUCUCUCUCUCUCUAUAUAUAUAUAUAUAUUCAUUUACACACACACACAACACACACUAUACAUAUACAUGGUCAUUAAUGUUCUUUCCGCUUCCCUUUUCCUUAGUUUUAUUCUGCCCUCGGACAGUGAGAUAGACUUGCUUCUGAAGCUUCUUCUACAAUUGUUGCACCAACAGAGAAAAAGGGUUCUUGGAGUUGAUUAAUUUCUUGUACUUGUUGCUUUGAAUCUUUCUUGGUUUGUUGUGCAAGUUGGACCGGACGACCGCCGUGUUUAUCAGACUACUGCAAACCAUUCAACAUUGUUUUGAUCUUCAUCAGAUAUAGCUGCAGCCUGCAGACAUACACAAUAUAUAUAUAUAAAUAUAAAUGGCUGUCCAAUCAGUUCUUGGAUUCUAGUAGUCAAUAGUGCUCUCAAAUCCACUGUGAAUCUCAAGAUAUAAUUCUUCUUUUCAUGCCUCGGCUGAAUAACUUUCCAAUUCAAUCUUGUUCUUGUCAGAUUGCCCGUAUACAAAUCUUGCCUUUCUGACUCAUCAACGUACCAUUUCUCUGCUGCUUGGAGGGAAGAUUUUCAAGAAGAUAUAUUGCUCUGGUUGUUUUCUCUUUCCAGAGAGAGCAAGAGGAGAGAGAAAUUAAAGAGCUGGCGAAUAAGUGGUGGGAGAGAAAUAUAGAUGUGGGAAUGGGGAGUUACGAGCAGCAACCCUCCGGUUCUUCUCGCUAUCCUGUUCAUCAGCUUCUUCCCCCCGAUCUCCACUUGCAACAACGCCCAUCUUCGAUUUCUCUGCACAAUCCUACUGCUGAAGUCGACCCGGUUUCUGGAGAUUCCAAGGAUUCCCCGCCGGAGAAGGACCUGGAUACAGCAGCCACCACCAGCUCCGGUGGCACUCCCACCAACAGCCGUCGACCUCGGGGCCGGCCUCCAGGUUCCAAGAAUAAGCCCAAGCCUCCGAUAAUCGUCACCCGGGACAGCCCCAACGCUCUUCGAUCCCACGUUCUUGAAGUCUCAGCUGGCAGCGACAUCGUCGAGAGUGUGUCUGUGUACGCCAGGCGGAGGGGGAGAGGUGUUUGCGUGCUCAGCGGCAGCGGCACGGUGACGAAUGUGACUCUUCGCCAGCCGGCGGCGCCUGCAGGGAGUGUAGUGACGCUUCACGGUCGUUUCGAGAUUCUCUCACUGUCCGGGACGGUGCUUCCGCCGCCUGCUCCGCCGGGUUCCGGCGGCUUGUCCAUAUUCCUAGCUGGUGGGCAAGGGCAGGUGGUUGGAGGAAGCGUAGUGGGGCCAUUAAUGGCCUCAGGCCCGGUGGUUUUGAUGGCAGCUUCCUUUGCAAAUGCAGUGUUUGAACGAUUGCCUUUAGAAGAAGAAGAGGGAAACAACGCUGCUCAGCCUCAGCCUGCUGCAUCCCAGUCUUCUGGUGUCACCGCUGGCGGCGGCGGAGGCCAUGUCAGUGAGGCUGCUGGUGAUGGAGGCAACGGUGGAGGCGGAAAUGGUGGCAGCGGCGGCGGUGCUGCUCUCUUGAAGUCGGCUAGCGGGAGCAUGCCUGCGCCCGGAAACAACUAUCCAUUUUCAGCUGAUUUGUUCGGUUGGGGAGGUGGAAGUUCUGCAAGGCCAGCCUUUUGAAUAUUUACCAGUUCUUGCUGUUUCUUGAAAUGCUGUUUAGUUUAAUGGUUUUAGGUCUAAAAUUAUGCAAUUUUCUCAGCACCAGGGAAAAAAAAAAGGCAGGAAAGUGGGAAAAUUUCAAAAUUAAUAUUUAAAUAGCUUUUGUAGAACAAGAUUAUAUUAAUUUGCAGUAUGUGUGCAUGGGAAUGGUGAUAUAUAUAGAGUACAUUUUCUUGAAAUGUUCAUCAAAUUGGAGGAAGCAAUUGAAUUUUUGGAGGGCCUGGAAUUCGGAAGAUUGAUCGAUGAUCGUCGGACGGACGCUGAUGGAUUGAAUUCCAAGGUAAGUAGCUUGAUUCAAUCUGUGUGUGGACAAUAAUUUUUGCUCAGUAUAAUGAAUUUUUACAGAUUGUCUCUA